AUGCCCGACCAGCCCAAGUCCUUGCCUAUACGGGGCGACAGGCGCAGUAAUGGUCGAGCUGCUGGACGAAACAACGACGACCCGAGGAAUGAUGGACAAGUUCCUGCGCAGAGACGCCCCGAUGCUCCUCGAUCCACGCCGCAGAUCGUUCCUCAACCGGCGCAAGCAAGAUUUACCGUUGCCGACCAACAUCAACGUCCGUCAAUUGCGAGCAACCCAAUAUUCCCUCAGGAGAGAACUUCACGGGGCUAUGAAAUUGCUCCUGGGGAACAACAGAGCCCUCGGGUUUCCCAUCCAAACGCACCGGGUGCGUCGUCGUUCAACAGCAGUCUAGACUUGCUGCUUCGAGGGUUCGCAAAUAUCCCGAAAGGCGAUUUUGAGAAUGUCGCGACAUAUCUUCGGGCGAAUCCCUCGGUUCUCAGACAGGAAGCACAAGCUCUUCGGACAGAAGCCAUUCACGCGUAUCGUUACGCGAGCCGCGGAUCCGAGGUGAAAUAUAGUGGCAAAGCUAUGUACGGUGAUAGUUGCAUUCAACAAUAUGUGAUUCUCAAGCAAUUACAACACAUACGCCAGAAACUCAUCGAAGCACGACAUCCCAAGAGAGUGACGACUGAAGAGGUGGAUGAAACCAUCAACCGCUUCUUCGACCAGUUGCUUGACAAAGCGUCUUCUACGAGGAAACAACUUUAUGAAGAAGUGGACAAAGCUCGUGUCGAUGCCAAAAGACAGUUGCAGAGUGCCGGCCAUGGCCCUCUAACCACCACCAGCAGCCCCCAGCAACCACAGACGCCGAUGACCACAUCUUAUACAGUUAAUCAAGCUCACUUAGCUCAGCAAGGUUCAUUCUCAACCACAGCCUCUCAUGAAACCAGCCCCCCGAGCCUUGCACUUUUGAGUCUGCGUAGCUCGGGUGGAGAUGAUGAAAGCCGUCCUAGGCAACCGGGUCCGACAACGCAAAUUCCGCGAGGCGAGAAUGCCACCGCAGCAUUAGACUCCAGGUACGUAACUAGACCAUCAGCCUACUACCAACCGGGGCGCGUCUUUGCUAUGCUCUGGCAUGAACCCUACAACGAGGGCUCCGGAAACACCGGGAACGACUCGCGACACAGCUACCUGAGCGAGCAUGUGAGCAUAGGGCCCUAUGGACAACUCAUAUACACCUCGAUCCGCAGGAUGGUUGUCGUCCGACAGGGUCACGGCUGCAGUGUUUGUAUUCAUAUCAGCACCUACGGCAAAAGAGGACUGGCCAAAUUCAAAAGGUCCCCAACAGAUAUUGACGCCCAUUCCAUCAUCUAUAUGGACGACACAGAGCCUCAGCACCAACCGGGCGAACCUAGAUCGAACAAAAUCCCUAUCGCAGUCAAGAAAGCAAGUCCAGAUCAGAGACUGAAUCCGUGGAGCCGUCUCUGCUACUCCCAACCGCAGACGGUGCAACACACAGUGAAAACCUUGGACGUGGGCUGGGUGACCAAAGACUGUCUGCCAUACUUGCUCAGUUAUUUCCAGAGGGUCAACGCACUCCCUUGA